AGUCACUUGGUUGCAUGAAAAUAUCACUAUAAUUAUUAUUGAUCACCAUGGGCUUCCAUGGUGAAUAUGAGUUUGUGAUCCCUCUGUCACUGGAUGCCCUGCAAGAAGCUUCAUCAACUAGGCAAUAUGUUGUGAGCAAUAUUUCUACAGCAAAUGAGAUUCCAAAGAAAUUGCAAGAAUGUCAAUCCACCUUUCGAAAGGAGGGCUGCUCAUUUGUGCUGGAUGGCCAAAUGUUUGAUGCUCUCUACAGUGUGCUCUGGCAUUUUAAAUAUCUUGAUGCAGCAGUUCAAGAUAAUGCAUUCAACUUAAUGGUUAAAGUGAUGACUCAGCAGACAACUGACCUUGCUUCUCUGUUGGAUGACAUUGCCAAUGUCAGUGCCUCAGCCCGCAGUCAGAAUUUCACCAUUUUGAAAAUGAAUACUUUCUUAGCUGUUCAGCUGACUGAAGCUUUUGAGAAUCAUCACAACAAGCCUUCUCAGGAUGCUUUUCUUGCAACUGGCAAGUCUCGUAAGCGUGCGGCGGGCGGAGCUAAGGAAGACAACCAAGCAGCCUGGGAGAACCAGAGGAUGCAAAUGUUGCUGCAGCUCUGCUCCGUCUUGCACCAUCCGCUCCAUAAGCUAUGCAGCCCUCCCAUCAUGGAAGAAGAUUAUGUCAAUUUGGUGGCUAAUAUGUGCUACAAAAUCUUGGAGUCGCCAUCCAUGGGUCAGAAUCGCUGCAAGGGCGUCCGUGAUUCGCUCUUUCAAAUCAUUGGGGUGCUUGUGAACCGAUUCAAUCAUGGCUUGGCUUGCUCUCUCAAAACCAUGCAGUUGGUGCAGCAUUUUGAGCACUUGGCAAGUGUAUGUGCCCAAGGACUAGCAAUGUUGGUGAACCAGUUUGGCUGCAUGAACGUCAUUGGUGAAGUUGUGCGUGAGAUAGCCAAAAUGGACCUUGGAUGCAUGGAGACCAGCAGCAAGGACAGUGCAGCUGUGCGUAACUUCACACUGUUUCUGGUGGAGUUAGCCGAGCUUGUACCCCAAGCACUUGUACCGUCUCUACCGCUGCUCUUCACGUUCCUGGACAAUGACAACUCCUCGCUGCGUAACUGCAUGCUGUCAAUGAUGGGCUCCCUGGUGCUCAGGGUGCUUUCCUCUGAGAACCUGGAUGACAAAAAGAAAGAUCUCAGGGAUAAUUGCAUCGAUGCUAUUGAAGAUCAUGUUAUGGACGUCAAUGCGUUCGUCAGAAGCAAAGUUCUGCAGAUCAUCCACGACCUGGUGAAGGGCGGGGGUGUGCCGCUCGCCAGGCAGCAGCGCCUCCUCGAGCUCGCCGUGGGCCGCAUCAUGGACAAGAGCGCCUCUGUGCGCAAGAAUGCCAUCUCUCUACUUACUGCCUUUCUCAAACAAAACCCUUUUGCUGCCAAGUUACCCAUGGCCGACCUGCAGCAACAGUACGAGAUAGAGCAAGAGAAACUGAUGGAGCUGUGUCCUGAGUCGGUCACGGCUCCUGAGAUCGAGACGCGUUCAAAAGAAAACACUGUACACCAACUGUGGCAGGAGAAACUGCCCGCUCUUGUUGAUGCCGUCAGGGAUGUGAUAGAUGAAGACAGUGAUGCCGAGGACUUCUCGGACGAUCAGCUGUCUGAAGACUGUUCACUGAAUGACGCCCUGUCCGCUAUUGCCGUGGCGCUGGACACUGGCAAGCUGCACCGCGCCGCCGUGUUGCUGUCAGGGGCUUUGGAGGCGUUCCAUGGGGCAACCGUGCUCAGCUAUGACCCUAGCACAUCGGUGCCGCCACAGCUCCCUCAUAAGGAUGCCGGUGAUGAGCUCACGCCACUGCAACUGCAACAUCUGGCGCUACUGGAGCGCAUAUUCCUCUCGAGCCAUGCUAUGAACAAUAAGGAGAAUGGAGAGCACGAGGAACCUGUUGCUGAACAACCCAAGGAGAGCGAAGAAGUGACAAAGCAAAGAAAACUUGUGACUUAUUUGAAGGACAGCGUGGGCUUUGCCAAGCAGCUGGCAGUAGCGUUGCCGCUGGUGGCGCAGCUUCUGUGCAGCAAGCUUGUGUCUGAUAGCCUUGAGGCCAUCAAGUUCUUCGUGACGUCGUUUGAAUUCGGCGUUCUGGACGCUAUGUCUGGAGUGCGCGAGAUGCUUGUGCUCGUGUGGUCACAGGAGCAGCAGGUGCAGUCAGCUGUUGUCGAGGCAUACCGACAACUGUACGUCACUGGAGGUGAGAGCGGUGCAAGUGACAGGUGCCGCGCUGUGCAGAUCGUCCGCAAUCUCACGUCGCUCACCACCGGCGCAAACCUGGGCGAACUUGCCUCCCUUGAAGUGAUCAUUGCGCAGUUCAUGGCUAAUGGUGACCUGAACAAGGCGUGUAUCACUCUGUUGUGGGAGCGCUUCACACUCGCGCUGCCGGACACCUCCCCUGAAGAAUCUAAGGCUGCACUCACACUCCUGGCCAUGGCUGCCAACUCGGAGCCGAGCAUCGUGAGCAGCAACAUCGGCGUGCUCAUAGACACAGCCUUCGGGACGCGCGGGGAGCAGGACUUUGGGCUCGUCAAACAGGCGUUGAUUGCACUCUCUAAAGUCGCCACUGAUAAAGCAAAGACUGAAGAUGCUUCUGCUUCAUUCAGACUCGAGGCAAGUCACGAGAUGUUCACACGUCUGAGCGACUUGCUGGUGGAGGGCAUCACGAGGGAGGAGGACCGACAAUACGGGCCCAUGGCCGUGCAAGCCGCCACUACAAUUUAUGCCUUGUCAGAACAUCCAGACCAGGUUUGUGGCUCCAUCAUCAAGCGAAUCCACGAGAAGAUGAUGAAGCUCAAGAAAGCUGACGACGAUACAGCAAACUCGCCUUCUGAGGCUGUUCUGGUGCCUACUACGCUACUGAAGCGAUUCUUGAUGUUCGUUGGCCGAGUCGCCAUCUGCCAGUUGGUGCACCUUGACACCUCCAUCUUCUCUGAGCUCAAGAGGAGGAACCAUCUUAAAGAACAACACGAUAAUGCCAAAAAGGAGAAGAAAAAAACAAAGACUAAGAAGAAGGAGGAAAAAAAUAAGCGAAAGAGCUUGAUGACAUCCGCCACUGAGGCUUCAUUGAUGCGUAAUAGUUCUCAGGAAGGGGACUUGGACGAAGAGCUUGGCAUGAUGGGCGCCGUUGCUGACGACAUGGAGGCCGAGUACAUACGCAGUGUGUGUGACAAGGAAAUUGUUACCGGGCCAAACCUGCUUGCAGCUGUGAUGCCCGUGAUUGAGUGCGUGUGCUCUAACACAAGCCAGUAUCGGGACCCUGAACUGCGCCGCGCCGCCGCUUUGGCCCUCGCUAACUGCAUGAUGGUCUCGGCUGACUGUUGUGAACAGCACCUGCAGUUGCUGUUCACGAUUCUGGAGAAGUCCGACGACGCGGUUAUUCGUGGCAACAUAAUAAUAGCUCUCGGCGAUCUCUCGUUCCGCUUCCCCAACCUUGUGGAGCCGUGGACACCUCGCAUAUACGCUCGGCUUCGUGAUGACUGUUGUUCAGUUCGCCACAACACCAUCACGGUGCUGACUCAUCUCAUCCUCAACGACAUGGUCAAAGUCAAGGGACAAAUUGCCGACAUUGCGCUCUGCAUCACUGACAAGGAGCCCAGAAUAAAUGGUCUUGCUAAACUCUUCUUCACGGAGCUUGCUCGCAAGCCCAACGCGCUGUACAACGUCCUGCCCGAUAUCAUCUCGAGACUCUCCGACCCUCAAAUUGAUCUCGAUGAGCUCAAGUACAGGACUGUGAUCUCGCACAUAUUCAGUUUGAUCCAGAAAGACAAACAAGUGGAGGGUCUCGUAGAGAAGCUGUGCCACAGGCUGCAGGCGAGCUCGCUACAGAGGCAGUGGCGCGACAUAGCAUACUGCCUUUCUCUGCUCCAGUACAAUGAACGAUGUGUGCGAAAGUUUGCCGAGUUGUUCCCAUGCUACGGAGAUAAACUUCACGAGCCCGACGUGCACAAAAUGUUCCUCAGCGUACUAGCCAAAGCUCGCAAAAUUGUCAAGCCUGAGACUAAAGCUGUUGUCGAAGAGCUGGAGGCCAAAAUCGAAGCAAGUCACUCCAAAGCGAUGCAAGAGCAGAAUUUGCUCAACAAAGCGACGGCUGCUAAGGGCGACAGGGCUGCUACAACCAAGCGAGCUAACGUCAGAGUUGCAAAACGUAAGAACCGAAGAUCCGACAGCGACAGCGACGAUGAAGAUUUUAAUUCCAGCAAUGAAGAAAACGUGGCGCAACCAGUAAAACAACCAGAUCGUUCGAGCCGGCGCAUCGGCAGCCGUCGACAGCCUGCUGUGGCGCACCCUAAGGUUGUGGAUAGUUCAACUGACGAGUCUGAGCAGAGCGAUGCAUCGUCAGGCGACAGUGAAGCUGACAGCGACGAGACAGGCGACGCAGAUAAACGCAAGUCAGACGAGUCACCACUAAGGGAGAAGCCCCAGAGUAAAAAACCGGUAUCGUCAACCAAGAGCAGGCAGAGAAACGGGCCAAAUGUGCGUCUCACAUUCGAUAAACAAACGAAGUGCUAUUUGUAAGUUGCAUCUCAGUCGGUAGGCUAUUACGCAAUUGGCGCCGCAGGGAAAUAUGCGUCAACUUCGAGGCAAUAUUAAUCGGGUUUAGAAAAGCCAAAGGGAAGAGAAACUAAAAUGGAUGGGAAAUUGAAACGAUGGAUAAUCGGUUACAAAAAUUACAUAACUAGCAUACAUGGGCGUAUGUUGCACCAGCUGUCUCUAAGAAAAUUUAUAGGGGUCAUCUGAUUGUACAUCAUGGUGACAACAUUCUUCUAUGGAAUGAUGUAACACCACUUGAAUAGUUAAAUGGUAGAAUAAAAUACGCUUUAGAUUUUAAAUUUGGAAAUAAACAAGUGUUUCAGU